AUGUCACAAAAGAAAAUUGAAACAUUUGACGAUAAUUAUAAAUUAGAAGUUCAAAUUAUUAAAGCAAAAUUACUAAAAGUUGAAGCAAAUGAAUGUGAUCCAUAUGGAGUAUGUAAAGUUGGAAAAGUUAAAUAUCGUACAGAAACAGUUAAAAAAACAAUAGAACCACAAUGGAAAAGUGAACCUAUUAUUGUUGAUAUUGAAAAAAAUAUGAAAGAUAUUGUUGUAAGUGUUAAUAGACAUGGAUAUGUUGGUAAUAAAAUUGAAUUAGGAAGUGCACGUAUUUUAUUAUCAAGAUUAGGAAAUGAUGUUUCAACUAUUCAAUGGUAUGAUUUAAUUCAAAAUAAUGAAAAAGUUGGUAGUGUUCAAUGUAAAUUUAAAAGACAAAAAAUAGAUAGAAGUAAUGAAAGUAUUUUAAAUGAUGAAAGAAAAUGGGUUGAUUUAUUAAUACAAAUACAUAAUGUUAUUGAACCAACUGAAAGAAAAAUAGAUAAAUCAUUUCAAUAUUAUAUGGGAACAAUUGAUAAAAGAAAUACAAUAAUAGAAAAGAAAAAUAAUGUUAUUGGACCAAUUAUUGGAUUUAUUAAAAUUAUAAUGGAAAAUCCAAUUAAUAAUAUUCAUCUUGGUCAAAAAGGAAUAAUUCAAAAUAAAAUUCCACCUUCAUUAAAUUGUAGUAAUGAUAUUUGGACAUUAUUAUUUCCAAAUGGAAUGACUAUUUCUUUAACACCAAGAAAACCAAUUUUUCUUCCAUUAUUUACUUUAAAUUUAUCAAAACAAAUGACAUAUUAUGUUUUUCUUAUUAGUGAUACAAAAAUUCAAAUUAAUGAACAAAUAUUAUAUGCACCAAUUGCAAUUGGAUUUGUAUCAUAUCAUCCUUUUUAUGAAAUUAUGAGAAGAAUGUUAUUAUCUAUUUAUGAACUUUGUCCAACAUUUUCAAAUCAAACAAUAGAUUUAUUAGAUGGAAGAGAUGAUUUAAUAAAAAUGACAAUAACACAAUCAUCAAGAACAACUCAACAAUCAACAUUACUUAAAUCAUCUUCUACAUUACAUUCUAUAACAUCAAAAUAUCAACCAAUUAUUAAAGGAAUAUAUGAAAUUAUGUGUAUUGAAUAUCUUGCAUAUGGAGGAUAUUCUCGUUAUAAAUAUAAUAAUUUAAAUAUUGAAAUAAGAUUACCAGUAAAAUAUUCAUUACCAAUAUUUAAUACAUCUAUUUAUCCAUUAUUUUCUAUAUUUAAUGUAUCAGGAAUGACAACACUCUUUUUACUUUUAAUGACUAAUCUUAAAAUUGUAAUUUUUUCAUCUCAUUUAUCUUUAUUAACAACUUCUAUUGAUAAUUUAAUUUCAUUACUUUAUCCAUUUCCUCCAACACAAAAAGUUUUUGCUAUUCUUCCUUAUAAAAAUCUUAAUGUUUUAUCAGGAAGUGAUACAUUUAUUGCUGGAGUACCAAAUGAAUAUCGUGAAAUAGCAAAAAAACAAUUAGGAAAUGAAGAAUAUAUUGGUGUUGAUUUAGAUACUGGAAUUAUUGAAAUGAAUGUUAGUAAAGAAUUAUUAGAAUUUCCUGUUGACCUUACUGUUGAUUUACAAAAAGAUUUAAAUGAUGCUUUUAAAGAAAAAUAUUUGAAAAUGGAUCAAUUAGGAAAUGAACCUUAUGAUGAUAGAUAUUUUUUAACUGCUACUAAUUCAUUUAAUCUUAAAGUAAGAUUAGCUUAUUUUAAAUUUCUUACUAAAUUAUUAGAAGGUUAUGAUGAAUUUAUUAAUUAUGUUUGGGUUGCUGAUAAUGAAGUAUUUGAUUUUGAUGUUUAUUCAUUUUUCUUAACAAAAUCUUUUGAUUGUGAACCAUUAAUCAAACACUUUUGUGAAUCAGGAACAUUUUUAGAAUAUAUUAAAGAACAAGGAUUUGAUAAUGUUUUCAGAGAAUGGAUUUCAAAUAGAAUUUUUAAUUGUUCAUUAACAGAUCUUUUUAAUUUCUAUAUUAAGGCAAAACGAAUUACUAAUAUUACACCAUCAAAUCAACCAGUAAUAAAAGAAUUAAAAGAUAUUAAUGAUUUUAAUCUUGAUUGGGAAGAUUUAAAAAAAUUAAAACAAAGUGAAAGUAGUAUUCGUCUUACAAAACAAAUGCAAAAAGAUAAAAAUUAUUGUAAUGAACUUGAUAAAUUUAAAAUAGAAAAAGAAAAACCAAAAGAAAAACAUAUUUGGAAUGCAAUUUUUGGUAGAUUUGUUGAUGAUAUUCAAACAAAUUCUUCUCCAGAUAUGGAAAAAGUUUAUCAAUGUGCAAGUAAUCAAGCAGGAAGACAUUUAUUAUUAAAAAUUUUAAGUUCUCAAGCUGAUAAAAUGAAAUCAAAAGGUUGUCUUGAAUUUGAAUCUUAUGAUAAUCUUCUUCAAUUAAUGAAAACACUUGUUGCUUAUUGUAAAAGUGAUAAAGAUAUAGAAACACCAUUAGGAAUUAUUGAAGUUGCUACAAAAUAUUGUUAUAAAAAAGAUAUUAUUACUUAUAGAUUUCUUAUUGAUGAUAUUGGAAUGGCAGAGAUAUGGAAUAAUAAAAAUAUAUGGUAUAGAGCAUUUAAUCAAAGUAUGGUUAAUUCAAAAAAAGAAAUAUAUGGAAAACUAUAUUCAUUAGAAUUACCUACAAUUUGGAAAGGAUGGAAUCAACAACAACAAGCAAAAUAUAGAGAAAAAGAAGAAAAUGGAUUAGUUACAACACUUCAUAUGAUUGCAAAAAAUAUGAAAAUUAUUGGAGUAUCAAAUAAAAUUAUUUAUGAUGUAUUAGAAGAUUGUGAAUGUAAUGUGCAUGCAUCUCCUGAAAUUAAAUCUAUUAUUUCAAAUGUUAUUAAAAUUAUUUUAGAAAAUGAUUCUUCAAUAAUUCAUUAA